UUUUCCUAUUCGUUUUCAUAUGGCUUGUAUUUUUAUGUGCAAUUCAAGAAGUACAAGCAACUUCAACUUCAUCAUCAUCAAGUAUCUGAAGCAUAAGUCAGUUCACAAGGUACAUGACAGUAGAAAUAUCAAAAUUUUAAUCAAAAAGCCUCUCAAAAGUUGAGUUUGUAGUUUGGAUUUCCUUGUACUUCAACUCUCUGGCAAUUAUGACUUCCAUUUCCAGUGGUCGACCCUUCACAUGGGUCAAAAAAUUUCAACGCUUGAGACCCUUCUGAGAUUCCCUUGUGGUUGUCUGUAAUCACAGGGAUGUAUAAGAAUCAGUUGCAAGAAUUAGCUCAGAGAAGUUGUUUCAACUUGCCAUCUUAUUCCUGUAUCCGACAAGGACCGGACCAUGCCCCUCGCUUCAAAGCUACAGUUAACUUUAAUGGGGAAAUAUUUGAGAGUCCAACUUUCUGCAGUACUCUCAGACAAGCAGAGCAUGCUGCAGCUGAGGUUGCACUUAGUAUGCUUGCAAAGAAAGGCCCCUCAAAAGCCCUGGCCGCAAGAAUAUUGGAUGAAACUGGAGUUUACAAGAACCUGCUUCAGGAGACAGCACAUAGAGCUGGACUGAAACUACCAGUUUACACUACUGUUCGAUCUGGACCAGGCCAUGUUCCAGUUUUUUUGUGUACAGUGGAACUUGCGGGGAUGAGCUUUACAGGAGAACCUGCUAAAACAAAGAAGCAAGCACAGAAAAAUGCAGCAUUGAUUGCUUGGUCAGCCUUGAAAAAAUUGUCAGGGUCAGCUUCUUCGUCCUCUUCCUUUUCUUCUUCUUCUUUGUCAGAGUCUAGAACAAAUGAUGAACAAGGACAAAUAAUUAUCACUCGUUAUCUUGCUACUCUAAAACAACCAGAAACAAAAAAUUCACAACAGAGAGAAAGAUUUCUUGGAUGGGGUUCAGCUCCCAUUUGGAGGGAUGUAAUCCCAUACGGUGACACUGGAUCAUAUUCUUUGCAGCACCAGAAUUGGCUAUGUCCACAGUUUUCCCCAGAAUUGUCUUUGUACCAAAUUUAUCCCCAAGAAAGAGCUUCCCAACAGCAGGACCACCUGUUGGCAUUUUCAUCUUUACAGAUCUCUCCCCCCAGACCUCAAUUUUUUCCAUUUAUUCGAUCCAUAUUCCAGCCAGACCAUAGACAUUGUUUCCUGGAGCAGGCACAAGAACCAGUUUCCCUUGAUCCCGAAAUUGGUCCAUUUCUCUGCUCCUCUAAUCAUGUGAUGCCUGUACCUGUUAGGAGUGUUUCCCAAGUCACUGUACAAGAGAUCAAGGAAAAUGCGCAGAUAGAGGAGGAGUGGGCUAAGGGCAAUGGAGGUUCUGAUUGUUGGAAAACCAAUUUCCCUUCAAAUGUACCCAGGCUUUUUCAUACAGAAGUUCCAAAUUCUUUGGUUUCCUUCACCAGUCAUUCUGAACAGAAAAAGCAGAUGCUUCAGGUGAGGGAUGAAGAGAAAAGUAGCAGUUCAGCACCCACUGCUAGAGAUUCAAUUCAAUUACAGAGCAACCAAAAGGUACAGUGUAAUAGGUUUUCACCCAGACUCACGGAUGCUAGUUUUAGACCUGGUGCAAUUAUUGCAGAUGGGAGCUCACAAAAACCUGAUGGCAUCGGCUAUCUGCAGUCUAAUGUUGGAGCUCCAAACACCCCCACGAUUAGCUCGCCAGCAUCUAUCAAGAACUUUGUGCCAGCUCCAUUUGCUGCCCCUGUGAUGAUCAGAACUUCUGGUGUGGUAUCCACCAGUAGCCUCAAACCUGAGAGUUCGAAUCCUCUUAUGCGUGGCUCACCACCAGUAAGGAUUGCAGCAUCUGCUUGUUCAUCAAGACCUUGCCCCGAAGGCAUGAAGAACCUGGGAAGAAUGCCUUCAGUUAAUUCUAUGGCACCAGCAGUUCAUAUCCGGUCAAUUGUUCCAGUUUGCUCAGCUCCUCCUAAUAAGAAAGUUCCAGACCCCAGCACAGAGCAAUCCUUUUCAGGAUCCAAGAAGAGAACCAAAGAACCAAGAGGAGACACAUCAGUUGCAACUUGAGACUUUAGCAGGCCUCAAAUUUGAGAAGAAGAUAAUAUGAGUCUUUGUGCAUCCUUCUGAUUGUUGAGGGCAGUUAGUGAGAAAAUUAAGUGUUGUCUGUUCCAUGUAACAUAACUUAUAUAUCAUAUAUAGUGAUUCAAAAUAAAGAAUUAUAUAAAUAAAAAAAAAAAAAACAUUCUUUGA